AUGGAUUCCUCAAAGCCUGCCCUCGACCUGGAGAAGGAGCUGACAUGCUCUAUCUGCACCGAGCUCCUCUACCAGCCCUUGACUCUUCUCGACUGCCUGCACACCUAUUGCGGCGCAUGUCUAAAGGACUGGUUUUCUUUUCAAGCCCAGCAGGCCGAAAACUCGCCAAACCCACCGUCACCAAGUUCCAACAUCUUCACCUGCCCGUCAUGCCGCGCGCGAGUGCGCGACACGAGGCACAAUGCCACCGUCGCAACCCUCCUCGACAUGUUCGUUGCGGCAAACCCCGACCGAAAGAGAUCUGAGGCGGAUAUCGAGGAAAUGGUCAAGAAGUACAAGCCGGGGGACAAGGUGCUCCCGCGCAUACGCAGUCCAGAAAGAACGCCGGACGAGAGGCGGGCGGAAGAGGAAGAGCGGAGGUUAAUAGAGGACGACGCCGGGAGGAUAGCAGCUCUGGAGACGGCAGAACGCGCAGAAGUCGAGAUCCUAGUCGCGACAGCCGUCAGAGUCACAGACACGAGGGCAGUAGACGACCCCGCACCGAAGAAGGCCGAUCUCAUGGAGACCAGCUGCAGCCCGACGCAAGGCCAAGUGAGCAGAGGAGAAGGCGGAGGAUCGUCGCUGAGGUCGUUGAUCAGCUCCGGAGACUUGAGUGAGCGAGACAUCGAGAGAGAGAUUGAAGAGUUCGCAAGGCAGAUCCAGGAGGAGGGCCUUCUCGAUGGUCUCGACCUCGACAAUAUUGACCUCAGUCGAAAUGACGACCUGAGCCGAAAGAUCACGGAGGCCUACCGGCGCCGACAGAGGGAGCGGGAGCGGGCCAGAGGUGACAGGACGAGGAGGAGAGAUACCGAUGGGCAGUCGAGACACUCUCCUGACCGUGUUCAGGAAAUUAGGGCAACUGCAUCAGACAGCAGCAGGCCAUCAAGCAGGCAGCGACCACACUCGAGAUCGACGAGUGCCACAGGCGUCCCCGAUGAUCGCAGCCGACCCCCGCUCUCGCAAAGUGCGAUGCACCUCGAAAUCCGCCCAGAGGAGAGGCGAAGGAGACGUCGAACCUCUAGCGGCGGCCGUAGUGCGACCACGCCGGUUCCAGCUUCGCAGUCUGAAGUCCGCGUGGCUACACGUUCACAGACGGACCUUUCCACCACAACCCGUACACAGUUUGGCGAUGCAUCGGCGCCGAGGACAGUCUUUGGCGAAGCUAGAAGCUCCAGCACUCCCUCUGUGCCGACGACGCAGCCCCCUAGUGAUUCCCCCACGUCCCGCGAUCUUUCUUUCGCCGGCCGAGCACCAACCUCUGCGCUGGUAUCUGCCAACUUUGCCCCCUCCCCGCCCAUAGAGCCGUUAUCACCUCGCAUCCAGCGGCCAAACCGUCCGGCAGAUCUGUCCAUCAUCAGCCAGACCCUCUCCAGUCCAGUCGGCCUGGGCAUCGGCAGCCCAAACUCACCAGGACACCAACGCACACGCUCGCAGCUUUACCCCGAGCCGUCCAUCGCAUGUUCCCGGUGUGCCAAACAGCACAUUGAGUACGACCUCCACUACAACUGCGGCAUCUGUGCCAGUGGCAACUGGAAUAUCUGUCUCGAAUGCUACCGUUCGGGCAAGGGCUGCUUGCAUUGGUUCGGCUUCGGAUACGGCGCGUGGGCGAAGUGGGAGAAGGCUCGCCAGGCCGGUCGUGAGGAUCUACCCAGGCCUCACAUGCUAACGGCAAACCGAUAUCUCCAACCCAAGAUCAUCCCUGGCGGAGCGGAGGGUAGGAGGACGCUUACGACUGAGGACCCGAUCAAGCGCCUAGAGAGCGGCAACUUCUGUGCAAACUGCCUGUCAUGGGCGAAUGAGUGCUUCUGGCGUUGCGAUUCGUGCAAUCUGGGUGACUGGGGUUUCUGCAAUAACUGCGUGAACCAGGGACGAUCCUGCACUCACCCCCUUCUGCCAUUGACAUAUCAGCCCCAGCAAUCCCACACGCCGCCUGCGAGCCCGAGAUCGCCAAAACCGCCUCAUUCUUCGGCUGUCCUGACGGGGCCAAACAUCCAUAAUAUCGGCCCCUUCAAGCCUCUUACCUUCACAACACGCUGCGACGUAUGCCAGGACCCCAUCGUGCCUAGCCACAGCCGGUACCACUGCUUCACCUGCACCAGCUCCAUCGAGCCAGACACCUACCCAGGCGACUACGACAUAUGCACCAAUUGCUACGCCAACCUCGAAGCCCGCGGCCAAGUCAGCCCCGAAAACGGCCACGCCGGUUGGCGCCGCUGCCUCAACGGGCACCGCAUGGUCGUCGUCGGCUUCCACGACGGACCCGGCGGGCAAUAUCGGCACGUCCUCGCCGACCUCGUAGGAGGCCGCGGGCUGCGAAUGGAACAAGCCCCGGGCGACGACCCAGCGCACCACAAGUGGUGGUGGACCGAGGGCUCGCAGCGACGCGAGCGCUUCGUCACGACAGAUGUGGCGGAGGAUGCCCCGACGAGCGAGGGCCUGGCACUGGGGUUCCCGCCGGACGGGGGUACGGGGAUGCGGGCCAACGCGGCGUGGGCUUGGUUCCCCAAGGCUGAGGAUGAGCUAAUGUUUCCCAAGGGUGCUGAGAUUAGGGAGAUUGAGGAUGUUAAUGGGGACUGGUUCUUUGGGGUCUACAUGGGCGCCAAGGGGCUCUUCCCUUCGCCGUAUGUGAGAAACUUGGAGCAGCACUGA